UUAAAUAGCAGCAACCCUCCAGCCGGCCAUAUUGGAGGUUGGGAAAUAAAGCAGCUCUAAAAUUAUGUGUGUCUUGGAAAUAACCCAGUGCACUUGAAAAAAACAAAGCCAAACAACAGCAACAAAAACCAGCCACAACAAACACCACAACCUUCGCCCUACACAAAGGUCCUUGAAAAUGAGCAAGGAGCCUUGGGUUCUCCGGCCCACCUUGUGCCUCACUGGGCUCAGCCUGCUUGUCUCUCUGGCGCCCUGUGGGCUGGGCAUGGAGAUCACGGCGCAACCUACCAUCAGUGCUUUGAAUGGCUCUUCCGUGCGCCUCUCCUGCACCUUCAACUCCUGCUACAAAGUGGAGAACAAACAGUUCUCCCUGAACUGGACUUACCAGGAAUGUGAGAACUGCAGCGAGGAGCUGUUCCUGCAGUUCCGGAUGAAGAUCGUGCACUGGCGGCUGGAUCGCUUUGGGAACAGGGUGGAGUUCACCGGAAACCCCAGCAAGAACGACGUGUCCUUCACCCUCCACCAGGUGCAGCUGGAGGACGAGGGCACCUACAACUGCUACGUGAUGAACCCCCCCGACAGGCACCGGGGCCACGCCCGCAUCUUCCUGAAGGUGAUCACCGAAGUGCCCCCGGAGCGCGACUCCACGGUGGCAGUUAUCGUGGGGGCCUCAGUGGGGGGCUUCCUGGCCGUGGUGAUCCUGGUGCUGGUAAUCGUCAAGUGCGUGCGGAGGAAAAAGCAGCAGAAACUGAACACAGACGACCAGAAAACGGAGGAGGAAGGGAAGACAGAUGGCGAAGGGAACCCUGAGGAGGGCACCAAGUAACGGCCCCCUCUCCUUCCCCCUGUAUAGCGUGACCCCUUGUGUGCUUCUCCAGAAAACGGAUUUCAGACUCCCCAGAAUUGCUGAGCAUCCCUCGUCUGCGUAGCCAGCCCCAACCGCCAGGAAUCCAGACUUCAGCAGGGCCUGGGGAGAAGACUGCUGUGCGCCUGGCCUGGGCUAGGGCUUAGUGGAGGUGACCUGUCCACUGCACGAGACUGCUGCCUGCUCCCGCCUACCUCUCCCUAAGAGCCAGGAAGAGCCCUGAGUGCCAAGGUGCUGCCCAGGGCAGGGGCUGGAGCAAUCCAGAGGCUGUGGCUGAGAGGGAGGGAGAUGGAGUUGGGGAGUGGGAGGCAGGACCUCCCCUGAGGACCGUGGAGGCAGGGAGUGAGCAGUGGCUUUGGGGAGGGAGAGAGGGCUACAGCCUC